AUGAGCGAUCCGUCAUACACCACUAUUAUAUCCGAACAAGCAAAUCAGUAUAUUAGCAUCGCUGGUGACAUCAAGUUCUGUAAUUUCAUCCCCGUUAGUAAUUUAGUGGAUUUCGAGGAUGCACAUUAUGUAAAAGACAACAUUCGAACGAUAUUCUUCUACCCGAAAUGGAAGUACGAAGAAUUUCACAAACAUCCGAACGCAACCAUUGCAGAAGCUUUCCGGAAAGGUUACGAAGUGGUGUACGAUCUAGACAACACGAUCGAAAUCUAUCACUGGAAUCGUUUCUCUAAUCAAACGAUUACGAUCGAUCCUCACAACAUUAUCGUACCGGACGAGAUGCGUGAUUUGCAUGGCUUCGAGCUUGAAAUGUAUUCACCGGAACACAUGAGCAAAUCAAUGACCUUUGAUACAUACCUUUUAGAACAGAUCUGUAGCAAGAUCAACGCCACUGCUGUCGUGACGGAUCAUUUUACAAAACGGAUAUUAAUCAUGCCACUAAUAAGCAUGCGUAAUUCUUACAUAAGCGGGUUAGUUCCUGGUGCAGGAACCAUCUAUUGGGCAGUGAAAGUUCCUCGGGCCAAGCCUAAGUCAAUCGUGUCGAUACUGAUCGAUCCUUUCGACAUGUACACAUGGAUCACAUACUUCAUACUGGUUCUUACAAUGGCCAUUACCAUCGCCUUGUUUGGAGAGCUUCUCGGAAGGCACCGUUUCGUGGAGAUAGUACUUGAGUUGAUCAUGAUAACUCUCGCGGGUCCGUCAAGAGCAUAUGGAGGAUCAUUCGAGAAUCGGAUCAUUACCGUAUUCUGCUUUAUGGGAAUAGUACUCGUAUCCUCCUAUCAAUCACUUGUGAUUUCCUUCAUGUCAUUCGCGCGCUAUCAUCCCGAGAUCAACACGCUGGCGGAGAUACAAGAACGGUGCCUGUUUAGGGAUGGCAGAGACGCACAAUUCUUUAACUUUAAAACAUAUCCUAAUGGCACUUUUGCUGGCGUAGGCGAAGGAUGUGGAUUUGAAUAUGCGCGUGACAAUGAAGAACGAACUAUAAUGAUCGCUUCGCAGCUUAAAUAUGACAGGUUUGCCCAUACAGCUCAAGAUUACAUGCGGUACAAAGUUCACAAUUAUCAUCAUGCGAAAACCAAAUUCUUCGAAUACCAACUGCAUUAUAUUGUGAAUGCACGCCUAUAUAACAUAUUUAUGUUCUAUUCUCGUGCAAUUUUUGAAUCAGGUAUCUAUGACCAUUACUAUAACAACAAGUCACUAUCCAAUUGGCACUAUGUCCAAGACACUUUUGUUGAUCGAGUCGUGAAAGUAGGAGAUCUUACAUUGCUGUGGUAUGCUUACGCGUGCGGAAACUUACUGAGUGUUGUAUAUUUCGUAAUAGAAAGAAUAGUUCAUAACGAAUUUGAAGGAUUAUCGGUUAAAAAAUAA